CUAAUGCACCAGACUAUUAAUCGUGACCACUUAAAUGAUGAGAUAGCAAACAGUAUAAUGUUAUUCAGUUCGAACUGAAAGUAAAAGCGUAAUGGAUCAUACGACUGACACUACACAUCGCCAUAAAAAUCCUAUCGUUCGUGCUGUUUCCUGGCAUUUCAGUCAUACAACAUGUACCAUCGAUGAACGGCAAUAUGAAAGAGAGAAAAAUUUGUUUGCCAAUGUGAAAUUCAAUCCAUGGUUUUUGAUGCCGGCCGCAGUUCUGGUUCAAUUUUGCUGUGGUUCGGUGUACGCCUGGAGUGUGUUCAAUGCACCCAUCGAUGAGGCAAUUACAGGCGAUGCGAAAGCAUCUCAGGCACCAGUUACAUUCUACAUUAACAUCGGAGUGCUUGGGUUUGCGUCUGCAUUUAUGGGACCGUGGAUAGAACGAAGUGGUCCAAAGAAAGCUCUAAUCGUGGCUUCCAGUUUUUUCUUCUUGGGAAAUUUGAUAUCGGCCCUAGCAAUUUAUGUCAAAUUGAUGUGGCUGUUAUAUGUAGGAUACGGUGUUGUGGGUGGAUUUGGUGUCGGAAUUAGCUACGUAACUCCAGUAUCAGCCUUACAAAAAUGGUUUCCUCAUCGUCGUGGGCUGGCUGCAGGUUUUGGCGUGUGCGGUUUCGGUGGUGGAAGUAUAGUAAUAGGCAAAGUUAUACUGCCAUUAAUAAGCUCAGUGGGACUGCCCCUAACAUUCAUUGUGUUGGGCUCUUUUUAUUUCGCUUCCAUGAUGUUCACCGCAUUUCUGUUUCGUGUACCCCCGCCAGGAUAUUCAGUUUUUGCUGACAAUACGGAGAAAACGGAACAAUCGCCAGCUCAGCCAGAAAUCAAAUUAACCGCCGCCGAAUCGAUAAAAUCAUUCGAUUACGUAUUGCUUUACGUUAUGCUCUUCGCAAACAUUUUGUUCGGAUUGGUUGUGAUUUCACGUUUGUCGAAUAUGAUAACGCAACUAUUUCUAAAAGAUCCGGAUGAGGCCGCCACAAUGGUAUCGGUGAAUGGAGCUCUGAAUUUGUUCGGACGGUUAUUUUUCUCGACCUUGUCGGAUAAAAUUGGAAGGAGAGCGUGUUUCAUUAUAAUGCUGACAAUGCAAACGAUCAUCGUCGCCACAUUUUCGCUUUAUACAGAAGAUAAAAUCUACUGGGCAUUCUUGCUCUGCAUGUUCAGUCUUACUAUGUGCUAUGGUGGCGGAUUCGGAGUUAUUCCAGCGUUUUUGGCCGAUAUGUUCGGGUCGCAUAACGUCGGCAUAUGUUUUGGUUUAAUUUUAACGGCAUGGUCGAUUGGGGGCGUAGGUGGUGGUCUCGCUUUCACAGCAAUUUAUAACAGUCAAAUAUCAAGCGGUUGGACCACAGAAGACGCUCAUCCGUACAUCAUCAAUACGUAUUGGAUUUUGGCGUUCAUCGUUGUCGGCUUAGUGUCGGCAAUAUUUGUAAGGACUACAUUGAAGGAUCGAAAACUUCCUGCUGUGCAAGGAGAAUGGUUUCGGUUUAGAAUUUUCUCGAAAGUUGUGCGAAUCAAGCGAAUCAGUUCGUGUCCUGAAAUUGAGGUUCUCAACAAACAAAAAUUUGACGAAGAGUGGGACAAGUAUGUCCUGUCGCAAAAUAAUGUGACAAAACAAAAUGUUAUCGAAUCGAAUGUUGAUGCAAUCGAAACUGUAGAUGAGAAUAAAAAACUAAAAAUAUAAAUUUAAGAACU